CGCCAACACGGUCCGACGGCUGAACGUGGAGACGUGUUCUAAGUUUACCCAUAGCCCGUAGUCGACUGCUCAUUUGUUCAUGGAGACCGAUUGGAUUUUGUUUAAUUGCUAAAUUAAUUUCCAAAUAUCGAUUUGGUUGGAUCCACCUUGAAGUUCAAAUCGAAUUAACAGUCUAAAUCGGUUUUGUUAAAAAAAAAGAAGAAAACUGAAUGCUCCCAACCACUUGAUUGGAUUAUUUAUGUAAUCUGGAACAUUUUCGACCACUUCUCGGACGCGGAGCCAUUGGCAUUGGUUUAAUGCGGCCGACACGCGUUUCCCCAACAGCCGGAGCACAUGUGCGGGUUACAUUUUAGGACGCGUAACAGUCCUUCUCAGAAGACGUCCCUCCGCUGGGGCGACUGCUGCCUGGUCUAGUCGAUUGUUCCGACCGUGAUUCGAGUUCCUAGCCGGAGUCCUUCGCCAUCGUUUCCAUUCCUUUACGAGGGAUCUGUGUGAUCAAACUACCGAGUGGAAUCCCCAAAAGCACUUUGGUGCAGGAAAUGUUGCAUAAGCCAAGGCGCAUUUGAUUGGCGCGCGUUUAUUUGAUUGCCGUCGCUACGCUCCGGAUUCGAAAUUUGGCGUCUGCUUGAACUUGGCGCACAAAUCCCAAAGCAAAGCUAAAGGUCAGCCCCAUUUCGAGAGUGUUUUUUUACACAGAAGUGCGCUAAGAGCCGUGAUAUUUGAAGCCAAGGACACUUCAUAACCGCAAGGAUGAUCAAUAUCGCUGGCGUCGUGAGCAUCGUGCUCUUCUACCUCCUCAUCCUGGUGGUGGGCAUCUGGGCCGGCCGCAAGAAGCAGUCCGGCAAUGACUCCGAGGAGGAGGUCAUGCUGGCUGGCCGCUCCAUCGGCCUCUUCGUGGGCAUCUUCACCAUGACGGCCACCUGGGUGGGUGGAGGCUACAUCAACGGCACCGCGGAGGCCAUCUACACAUCGGGUCUGGUGUGGUGCCAGGCUCCAUUCGGCUACGCACUGAGUUUGGUGUUUGGUGGCAUCUUCUUCGCCAAUCCCAUGCGCAAGCAGGGAUACAUCACCAUGUUGGACCCUCUGCAGGAUUCUUUCGGUGAGCGAAUGGGCGGCCUGCUCUUCCUGCCAGCUCUUUGCGGCGAGGUCUUCUGGGCCGCUGGCAUCCUGGCCGCCCUUGGAGCCACAUUGUCGGUGAUCAUCGACAUGGACCACCGCACCUCGGUGAUCUUGUCCUCGUGCAUCGCCAUUUUCUACACUCUUUUUGGCGGUCUGUACUCCGUGGCUUAUACGGACGUGAUCCAGUUGUUCUGCAUCUUCAUCGGGCUGUGGAUGUGCAUUCCCUUCGCCUGGAGCAACGAGCACGUGGGCAGCCUGAGUGACCUUGAGGUGGACUGGAUUGGGCACGUGGAACCUAAAAAGCACUGGCUUUAUAUAGACUACGGGUUGCUGCUAGUCUUUGGAGGAAUCCCCUGGCAGGUCUACUUCCAGCGGGUUCUCUCCAGUAAAACUGCUGGACGGGCUCAACUUUUGUCCUACGUGGCUGCUGCCGGAUGCAUCUUGAUGGCCAUUCCCCCCGUGCUCAUCGGAGCCAUUGCCAAGGCCACACCCUGGAAUGAGACGGACUACAAGGGGCCCUAUCCCCUCACCGUGGACGAGACGAGCAUGAUUCUGCCGAUGGUGCUGCAGUAUCUCACACCCGACUUCGUGUCCUUUUUUGGCCUUGGCGCUGUUUCCGCCGCCGUGAUGUCCUCCGCCGAUUCCUCGGUCCUCUCCGCCGCCUCCAUGUUCGCCCGGAACGUGUACAAAUUGAUUUUCCGUCAGAAGGCGUCCGAAAUGGAAAUCAUCUGGGUGAUGCGCGUCGCUAUCAUUGUGGUGGGGAUCCUGGCCACAAUUAUGGCCCUCACCAUUCCCUCCAUCUACGGAUUGUGGUCCAUGUGCUCGGAUCUGGUGUACGUCAUCUUGUUCCCGCAACUGCUGAUGGUGGUGCACUUCAAGAAGCACUGCAACACGUACGGCAGCUUGUCGGCGUACAUCGUGGCCUUGGCCAUCCGGCUGUCUGGCGGUGAAGCCAUCCUGGGACUGGCUCCGUUGAUCAAGUAUCCUGGGUAUGACGAGGAAACCAAAGAGCAGAUGUUCCCCUUCCGCACAAUGGCCAUGUUGAUCAGUCUGAUCACUUUGGUGUCGGUCUCCUGGUGGACUAAAAUGAUGUUCGAAUCUGGAAAGCUACCGCCCAGCUACGACUACUUCCGCUGCGUGGUUAACAUUCCGGAGGAUGUGCAGCGGGUGGGCGAUCCCUCGGAGUCGGGAGAGCAGCUAUCCGUGAUGGCAGGACCUCUGGCCCGUUCCUACGGAGCCGCCACAAUGGCGGGCAAGGAUGAGCGCAACGGACGCAUUAAUCCCGCCCUGGAAUCGGACGACGACCUGCCCGUGGCAGAGGCAAGGCGAAUCAACCAGGAGACGGCGCAGGCGCAGGUCAAGAAGAUGCUGGACACGGCCACCGGGGUGAAGCCAGCCGGAGGAGGAGGUGGCCAGAUGAGCCAGAGCGGGAUGGCCAUGCCCACGCCGGAGCAGGACAACACGGCCUUCUGAGCGGAGUAGGAGAACCCAGGGGAUCUUAGCAGAUGAGCCCGAAAGUAGGCUGCAGUGGAGUCCAGUGAAUUAUCCGAUUUUAAGUUGCGCUUGUUAGGGGGAUUCAAAUGUGGGGGAGAGUUGGGUUCUUGGAGGAGGUGGAACGGAGUACAGAAAGUAUUAGGAAACGUACGUUAAACACACAAGUGCUCAGGUAAAAAGUGCAGAAAGCUGAUCGUAAGGUUUACAUUUUUAUUUAGCCAACUUACUGUGUAUAGUUUCUACAAGCUUAAAGCGUUCUAUCGGUAUUCAUUUUGGUGUUAGAGAAUCUAUGUGUAAAUGUUCAAACGGUAUCAGAAGUGCAGAAACCUAAUUAUCGAAUACAUAUCAACUGCAUUUUUCCUGGCCCGAGAAUUGCAUAAAUCACGUAGAAUAUAGAAAGAUUUAGACCGACGAAGAGGCUAAAAUAUACAUAUGUACGUAUAUAACCACUGAGAUGAGCAUUUGAGUGCCACAGAGAUGUUUGCACCACGUAAGCAAUACGAAUCGGCAUUCCUGGCAUUAGCAUAUCGAUCAUAUACUAUAUAGAUGCAUAUAAUGUGAAUCAUGUGUCCUUCCAGAACGAACAAAGCUAAGCAAAACAAAACAAAACAACUAAAACAUAUAUCCACAAACUAACGCAAACGAAACAUAUCAAAACAAGGCGAAAGUAUAUCAAUAUACAUAUCACUCGUGUAACUGUUGUUUUUAAGCUAUAUAGGAGAAUCGAGAUACUAUAUACAUACAUCUACUAAGCCCAAUAUGUAAAAUGUGCAAAGAGGUAAUUGUGUAAGUUAGCGAAAACGAAAACAAAAACGAGGCAUAUCGAGUUAUAUAGGAAUGAAUUUUAGCUGCUCUCAAAGAGCAAACAAAGUAUAAUGGCAGAUUCUGGUACACAGGAAGAUACAGAUACAAAGGGAGAAACAAUUAUAUAUAACAUGUUGCGUCGUAGUACCUAAAUAUAUACCUAUACAAAAUCAUAUACACAAGCAAAUAUAUAUACAUAUCUAGAAGCCAGCCACUGAAUUUAGAGAGUUAUACCCAAGAAAACACCCACGACAUUGACCCAAAAACCUGCAUUGAAAGCAUUGGCUUGGGAGAUUCUAUUCGAUAUAAACACACGCUGCCUGAACCCCAAACCUCAACUGGAAUCUGAACGAAAAGCCCUGAAUAGUUAAACCCAAAAUUAACCCAAUUGAAUAUUUUAUCAAGAGACGUUCCUUUUUGUAAUUCUCUCGGCUCGUUUGUUACUCUUUCGUCCCGUUGGAAAGAACUUAACUAAAUCUAACUAAAGUCAACUCAAACUAAUAUGCGUAACUAACUCGAUAAGGUUUUUAACCCAAUUUAAUACCAUGACUACAUACAACUCACUUAAGUGUAAUAAAUGUUGACUGCUUUUUGAUUGAGCCUCGUAUGUUUGUUGUAUUGGGGUAAAGUUUUUUAACGUUUACAUAAGUGAAGCUAAGAAGUGUUUGAGUCCAUCUAGGAUAACUUACCAUAUGAUACACGCAUAUCUGUUCGUUGUUAUUGUUAUUAUCUCUUGCAUCAGAUCUGAGUGUGUAAAUUUUGGAUAGUGUUCGCAUCCGUUUAACUAAAGAGUUUGACUUUGAAUUUCCAGAGAUCCUACAUAAGUAAUUAAGUGUGUUUGAAUUUCAUUCGGGAGUUUCUUUGUGCAGUUAACCAGAUUUGUAAAUAAGCAAGUUACUCGAAUCGUUUGUAAAGUUACUAUCAACUAAACCAAAACCACCAAAUAAUUUAUGCAUUCAACUGCGAUGACUUCGCUUGGUUAAAAUAGUCGAAACAAUUAUGUUUUGCAAUUAGUUAAAUAUAUAUUCCGUUGUUGUUAACCAAACUUGGUCUAUCCAUUCCGAGUUCCCUUAGUGGCAUUAUGUUAACCAAAAAGAAAAAAGAUAAGAAGAGUAGGAAGAUGGGUUACGAUAUACAUGAUGUAUUAAGAUCAAAUUAAACCGAAUACAUAUCAAUGUUUUAAGCAUAGCGAAAUGGAAUAAAACCCAAGCAAAAAGAAACGAAAAAAGUAUUUAAUAAAUAAAAGGUAUAUAUAUCUA